CCUGCACUGCGUCCGCAGUCUCUGGUCGUCCCCUGCACUGCGUCCGCAGUCUCUGGUCAUCUCCUGGACUGCGUCCGCAGUCUCUGGCCAUCUCCUGGACUGCGUCCGCAGUCUCUGGUCAUCUAUUGGACUGCGUCCGCAGUCUCUGGUCAUCUUCUGUACUGCGUCCGCAGUCUCUGGUCAUCCCCUGUACUGUGUCCGCAGUCUCUGGUCAUCUCCUGUACUGUCAGCAGUCAGUCUGGUCAUUCCCUGCACUGUCUGCAGUCUCUGGUCAUCUCCUGCACUGUGACCGCAGUCUCUGGUCAUCUCCUGCACUGUGACCGCAGUCUCUGGUCAUCUCCUGCACUGUGUCCGCAGUCUCUGGUCAUCUCCUGCACUGUGUCCGCAGUCUCUGGUCAUCUCCUGCACUGUGUCCGCAGUCUCUGGUCAUCUCCUGCACUGUGUCCGCAGUCUCUGGUCAUCUCC